AUGUCUUCUGCCGGCGGCGACGGUACCUCCGGCGAGCCUCGCCAAUACUUCUGCCACCAGUGCAACGACACCGUCACCGUUACCCCUUCCCCCUCCUCCGAUCUCCUCUGCCCCAAUUGCAACGACGGCUUCCUCGAAGAACUCGAUAUCCCUAACCCUAACCCUAACCCGCCCAAUCCCUUCUUCGCCGACGUUCCCCUCGCCGGGACCACCGCCAUUCCCUUUCUUUUCCCCGGAGCCGCCGGCCAGUCCGUCGACGAUCUCUCCAAUCUCUUCGGCACCCGAUCUGACGCCAGCCCCGCCGAGGCCUUCAGCCCCUUGGUCUUCCUCCAGAACUACUUCCAAACCCUAAGGGCGGGCGGCGGGAACCUCCAACUCGUGAUCGAGUCCGGCGACCCCGGCGGAGCGUUCCGGUUCCCUGGCAUCACCCAUGGCGACUACUUCUUCGGGUCGGGCCUCGAGGAGCUGAUCCAGCACCUCGCCGAGAACGAUCCGAACCGCUACGGCACCCCACCGGCUUCUAAGACGGCUGUGGAAGGACUGCCGGACGUCUCGGUCACAGAGGAGCUUCUGGCGUCGGAUUGCUCGCAGUGCGCCGUGUGCAAAGACGCGUUCGAACUUGGUGACACCGCGAAGCAGAUGCCCUGUAAGCAUAUAUAUCACGGGGAUUGCAUUUUGCCUUGGUUGGAAUUGCAUAAUUCCUGUCCCGUUUGUCGGUAUGAGUUGCCAACAGAUGAUCCUGAUUAUGAGCAGAGGGCUGCCCGUGGUGGCGGUGGCAGUAGUGGAGGUGGAAGUGGUGGUGCCGGCAGCGGGCCAGCUACCCAGGUGAAUUGGAACCUGGCUGUGGGGCCUGGUGGUUCUCCUGAUUCGCCUGUUGACGGAGACAAUUCGCAGCGGAGGAGGUUUAGGGUGUCUUUGCCAUGGCCCUUUAGGCAAUUUGUUUCUUCUGGUGCAGAGACAAGUAAUGUUGGUGGAGCCGGCGAUGAUGACAACAGUAAUAGCAAUAGUGGGGGGAAUAAUGGUGGGCAGUCGAAUUCUGGAAACAGGGGGAAUCAGAAUUUUGAGUCGGAGACCAGACAGGAAGAUCUCGAUUGA